AUGGUUGUGUUCCACCGGCAAUGGAGAAUCCGCUUGAUCAGCAUGAGCCGCGAAAGACCGGUAGCCGAAUUAUUCAGAAGCCUCAGAGGCUCAUGGAAGCUCAAGCGGACACUGAAUAGCGCUCCGCCAGGACUGUCAGGAGUAUUCGAAGGCACGGCCACAUUCACGCCUCGCAAGUCGGCUGCCGCCAGCGUCAAGGCGGAGCUACUGUACUUCGAAAAAGGCCAGUUGAAGACGGACACCGGCCUUACGUUCUCAGCCAACCGGAAGUACAUCUACCGUUACAAUGCCGACGAGGACAAAAUCUCCGCCUGGUUUGUGAAAGAAGCAACCAAGGACAAUCACGGGGCCGAAGAAGUCGACUACCUCUUCCACGACCUCGAAAUCGAGCAAGGCAAGAAUGUCUGGAGUGGAAGGGGCGAGCAUCUUUGCAAUUUAGAUAUGUACUGGGCGUACUAUGAAUUUCGCCUGCCGACUUCGAAUGAUGAUUCCGACGAGGACGAAGACAUGGAGGUCUUCGGUGUGCGGUAUAAGGUCAAAGGUCCUGACAAAAAUUACACAAGUGACACGGCCUACCAGCGCAUUGAAUAG